GAUGGGCCAGACUUCAAGCCAAUAGUAGGGAAGGAUAGAAAGCCCCCUCGGGGAGCGCGACCAGUGAGCAGGCGAGGAAGGGGCGGGAUCCGGGGGUCCCGGCAGCUUCUAGUAGGUUCCAGAAGGCGGCGCGUGCGGUUGGGAACGCGGAGCGGACGGAGUCGAUUCAACGGGGUUCCGGGCCGGGCUAUGGAGCAGGUAAACGAGCUGAAAGAGAAGGGCAAUAAGGCCCUGAGUGCUGGCAACAUCGAUGAUGCGUUACAGUGCUACUCUGAGGCCAUCAAGUUGGAUCCCCAGAACCACGUGCUCUACAGCAAUCGCUCAGCGGCCUACGCCAAGAAAGGUGACUACCAGAAGGCUUACGAGGAUGGCUGCAAAACCGUGGACCUGAAGCCCGACUGGGGCAAGGGCUAUUCGCGAAAAGCAGCAGCUCUGGAGUUCUUAAACCGGUUUGAAGAAGCCAAGAGAACCUAUGAAGAGGGUUUAAAACAUGAAGCAAAUAAUCCUCAGCUCAAAGAGGGCUUACAGAAUAUGGAGGCCCGGUUGGCAGAGAGGAAGUUCAUGAACCCUUUCAACAUGCCCAAUCUGUACCAGAAGUUGGAGAGCGACCCCAGGACGAGGACACUGCUUGCUGAUCCUACCUACCGGGAACUGAUAGAACAACUGAGAAGCAAACCGUCCGACCUGGGCACGAAACUGCAGGAUCCCCGGAUCAUGACGACGCUCAGCGUCCUGCUGGGGGUCGACCUGGGCAGCAUGGAUGAGGACGAGGAAGUGGCCGCGCCGCCUCCGCCGCCGCCUCCCAAGAAGGACACCAAGCCAGAGCCGAUGGAAGAAGAUCUUCCAGAGAAUAAGAAGCAGGCGCUGAAAGAAAAAGAGUUGGGCAACGAGGCCUACAAGAAGAAAGACUUUGACACGGCCUUGAAGCACUACGACAGAGCCAAGGACCUGGACCCCACCAACAUGACUUACAUGACCAAUCAAGCAGCCGUGUACUUCGAGAAGGGCGACUACAGUAAAUGCCGGGAGCUCUGUGAGAAGGCCAUCGAAGUGGGGCGAGAAAACCGAGAAGACUAUCGACAGAUUGCCAAAGCUUAUGCUCGAAUUGGCAACUCGUACUUCAAAGAGGAAAAGUAUAAGGACGCCAUCCAUUUCUACAACAAGUCUUUGGCAGAGCACCGAACCCCGGAUGUGCUCAAGAAAUGCCAACAGGCGGAGAAAAUUCUGAAGGAGCAAGAGCGGCUGGCCUAUAUAAACCCCGACCUGGCCUUGGAGGAAAAGAACAAAGGCAACGAAUGUUUUCAGAAAGGGGAUUAUCCCCAGGCCAUGAAGCAUUACACAGAAGCCAUCAAGCGGAACCCAAAAGAUGCCAAAUUGUACAGCAAUCGAGCCGCCUGCUACACCAAACUCCUGGAGUUUCAGCUGGCGCUCAAGGACUGUGAGGAAUGCAUCCAGCUAGAGCCGACCUUCAUCAAGGGAUACACGCGGAAAGCGGCUGCCCUGGAAGCGAUGAAGGACUACACGAAAGCCAUGGACGUCUACCAGAAGGCCUUAGAUCUGGACUCCAACUGUAAGGAGGCGGCAGACGGGUACCAGCGCUGUAUGAUGGCCCAGUACAACCGGCACGACAGCCCCGAGGAUGUGAAGCGACGGGCCAUGGCCGACCCCGAGGUGCAGCAGAUCAUGAGUGACCCGGCCAUGCGGCUCAUCCUGGAACAGAUGCAGAAGGACCCCCAGGCGCUCAGCGAACACUUAAAGAAUCCUGUAAUAGCACAGAAGAUCCAGAAGCUGAUGGAUGUGGGUCUGAUCGCAAUUCGGUGAUGACUUCCUCAUCAUCCCCUUCCCUUCGCCCUCGUGUGGAAAGAGGAGCCGGGACCGCGGCCAGCCGCGCCGAGCAGAGGGGAGAGCAGGGGAAAGCGAACGACUUCUGUCUCUAUAUUUAUAUAGACCCACGUGGAAGACACAGAGACUCGUACUCACGUUACUCGCACCGCCGCUGCCUCUGGGCCCUCCCAGCACACGCAUGGUCUCUUCUGCCGCCCUCGGGUUCCGUGUCCCCUUCCCCGCCCUCAGUCGCUGUCUCGGCUGCUCUCCCAUAGUUGGUUAUUUUUUAUUUGGGGCAGUGGGCACGUAUGGGGAGGGGAGGGUGUUCUUCCCGACCUCAGCUCCCAACUGUCUUCACGUUGUUAACUCCACGUGCCCUUCUCCAAUAAAACAAGCCAGUCGGGCGUGGUUAUA